AUGGGCUCACCUGUAUCUCCCGUAGUCGCCGACAUAUUCAUGGAGGACUUUGAGGAGAAAGCCCUUCUUACUGCUCCUGUAAAUCCAAGAUUCUACAGGCGGUACGUAGAUGAUACUUUCACAAUUUUACCAUCUGACAAAAUAACUGCAUUUUUAAACCACCUUAAUUCCAUAAACCCUAACAUACAAUUCACAAUGGAGUUAGAGGCAAACAAUACUUUAGCUUUCCUAGAUGUUUUAGUCAUCCGAAAUCCUGAUAACACUAUUGGUCAUACUGUGUACAGAAAAAAUACCCACACCAACCGAUAUUUAAAUGGUGAAUCGCAUCAUCAUCCUUCACAGUUAGCAACCGUGGGAAAAUCUUUGUUUCAGAGAGCACGUCGAGCAAGUACUGCAAGACAACAAGCUUCGGGUCCCGCGCCUACGUCACAGUGA